ACGGACCGGCACUUUUCAGCUGCUGGAACCAACAAGUUUCUCUUUCAUAAAAUGACCUCGGAUGUUGAAAGAGUCCGAGUCGCGCUAAUGAUGUCGGCGGGUGUGACCACCGCCGCUGUACUCGUGCUAUCGAGCAAGACCGUGCGCGGAGCGAUCGCGGGCACACUUAAGAGUGUCGCUUCAACUAUUCAGCCCACAGAACUGAUAGAGGCAUUUGAUAAGUCCGACACACCUGUGAUUAACACGAAGAUGACGAACAUAUCAUCAGUACAGUCGCAGGCGAGUGAACCUUUGAAUACUGGUAUUCCGCAUGAUAUUGCUCCUAAGAACAUGACCACGACCGGUACUCUCGGGGUCCGUGGGGACGACCCUGAUGAAGAACUUUCUGCACUUGAGAGGUUUUGCACAGAUGUCACUGAAGAAGCUAAACAAGGUGUUCUUGAUCCGCUCGUCGGCCGUGACGAUGAGGUCCGUCGGCUCGUCCACAUACUUUGUCGGCGAACGAAAAACAAUCCGAUCCUGCUAGGUCGACCAGGUGUCGGUAAGACCGCUAUCGUUGAAGGCCUGGCGCAGCGAAUCGUUGCCGGUGACGUUCCAACGUCUCUUCUCGGUGCACGUCUCCUUGAACUUGAUCUCGGCGCUGUCGGCGCAGGAUGUCAGAUGCCAGGCGAGUUCGAAGAACGACUUUCUAUCGUUGUGUCUGAGGUCGUUGAGGCUUCACAAAAGGGGGGGAUAAUUAUGUUUAUUGAUGAUAUCCACAACCUGUGCCCCCCCCCCCCUGGGGGUAACAACGGAGCGGCUAUACUGAAACCAGCACUUGGACGUGGAUUAUUGAAGUGUAUUGGUGCGUCAACAGUCGAGAAGUUCAAGAAGUCGAUAGAACAAGAUGCUGCCCUUGAGCGUCGCUUUCAACAAGUCCCUGUCGCAGAACCUGACAUCGCGCAAACUGUGUCUGUUCUCCGUGGACUGCGACCACGAUAUGAGACGCAUCAUUCUAUCAAAAUACACGAAUCUGCAGUGGUUGCCGCUGCGAAGCUUGCCUCGCGCUAUGUGCAAGGUCGUUGCCUUCCCGACAAAGCUAUUGACCUUCUCGAUGAAGCGGCAGCUGCUGUUCGCAUGCAAAAGUCCCUCAAGCCUGAAGAUCUCGAUGUAGUUGAUCGUAAAAUGAGCCAGCUUUGUAAGGAACGCGAUCAGAUUAAAGCAAGACUCAUUGAGGAUAUGCACAAGCAUGGUUCAGGCGGCAAAAUGGCAGCAUCAUGCUUGCAUGAGCUAAAUGAGGAGCUUGUCAGGGAACGCACCAAACAGCAGAAAUUGCUCAGAGACUUGGAAAAGGAAAAAAAGGCAAGUCGUGAGUACAAACGAGCGACAGCGGAACUUUCUUUUAGCGAGCGCCGCCUAGUAAAUGCUCACGAGAAGCAGCGUCAGGCUGCCGAUAACGUGAAGAAGGUAACAGUGGCAUUGCAGCGGGCCCAGGAUACAGACAAUCAGGCAGAAGUUUUAGAGGCAAAAGCUGCAGCUACUCGGGCUGAGCAAGAUGCUAAGCUUGCUGACAAGGAGACACUUCACCUUUCGGAGAUAAUUGCCAGGGCCAAGGUGGAAUGCACUAAAGCAGAAGAGGAGAUCAUGAGUAUCAGCGAAGGAAAUGGGCUCAUGACGAAAGACGAGGUUACAGAUGUUGACAUCGCUACGGUUGUAAGCCGCUGGACUGGCGUCCCAGUAGCAAAGCUUGUUGCAUCAGAGAAAGCCAAAUUACUUCAAUUAGACGCAGAGCUUCACCAGCGCGUCAUAGGGCAGGAUCAUGCCGUGACCUCGGUCGCGGAGGCUGUCCAGCGAUCUCGGGCUGACUUGUCUGAUCCGAAUGGUCCUGUGGCCUCUUUUAUGUUCCUUGGUCCCACCGGCGUGGGCAAGACAGAACUUGCCAAGGCACUUGCCAACUAUCUUUUCAAUAGCGAUAACGCACUUAUCCGCCUGGAUAUGUCUGAGUACAUGGAAAAACACUCUGUAGCCCGUCUCAUUGGUGCCCCACCAGGUUACAUCGGCUAUGAUGAGGGCGGUAUGCUCACAGAUGCUGUGCGUCAGAAGCCCUAUUCAAUAGUCUUGUUUGACGAGAUUGAGAAGGCGCACGUAGAUGUAUUCAACGUUCUACUGCAACUGCUUGAUGAGGGUCACGUGACAGAUACCCAAGGCCGGACUGUGUCCUUCCGCAACUGUCUCAUUAUUAUGACUUCAAACCUUGGCAGCGAUGAAAUAGCAUUUGGUGAUAGAGGCAGGCGUGGUCGCCGUGGACCCGGUGAGAUGAAAGAUAAAGUAAUGGCUCACGUCCGCGCACAUUUUCGCCCUGAAUUCAUUAAUAGGCUUGACGAGUUCAUCGUUUUUGAACCGCUUUCGCAUUCGCAGAUAAUGGAAAUAGUUCAGUUGCAGUGUAACAAGUUAGUGGAGCGUGUUGAAGGUCAGCGCAUGAAACUGGAUUUGCAACCAAGUGCGAUUGAUUACCUUGCACGCAAAGGAUUUGAUCCUACGUAUGGCGCCCGUCCUGUCAAGCGCGCCAUUCAGUCUGAACUCAUACAGAACAUGGCAAACAAAUUAUUGCGAGGUAUUUUUCAAGAAGAUGACACCAUUGUUGUGUCUGCAGAUAAAGAUGGUCUUGCACUUACGACAGGACCAAAGAUCGUGCGCGAUGUGCCAGUGUUACUUGAUGAUGCAACCUACUAG